GCGUGAGAUCUUAACGUGUGUUUGUUGAUGUUGGAAGGAGCUCAACCGGUAGAAUUGGUCAUGUUUUAAAUGAGUUCGAGAUAGGCAUGCCUGAACAUGGAGAUGCUUCAUGGUGACAUUUAACUUCACUGCAUAAAGAAAACAAAAACUUUUAUUUUCUCCUGCUUUAAAAUUACGACUAAGACCACACACUCAAAAGGGUGUUGCUUUUAAAGUUGAUACCCAGUGGUUCGUUUGAUCUGAUUGUUUACUGUAAAGGGGAUCUUAUAUUUUCACAUCACACUGAACAUCAUCAUUCUGGCUCUAAAAGCUUAGGAGCAUUCUUAUAUACACACCCACAUUUAUAUAUUGUUUACAUGUUCUUUGUUGUUGUUGUUGUUAGCUGUUUGCACUUUAUUACUUUUAUUAUUAUUAUUAUUACUACAAUCACUUUAUGUUGGACAUGAGAGAAACAUACUUUCAGUUCUUCUGUAUGUUUGCACAAAUGGAAGAAGUGACAAUAAAGCUAACUUUGAACUUUGAACAUCUCUCCUUUAGAUGAUGAUCUUGCACACUAGUUCUUACAAGUCAAAACAUCAGGACCAGAUACAAAUGGUGCAAUAAAUAAAUAAAGUUUCAUAUUCAGCCUCAGCACACGGUUUUUACACCGACCUGUACACUUUAAGUGUUCCCUGACUUGUUAAUAAAAGUUGUGAGGUAUGCGUGGUAUCAGUGAUGCGAGGGUGUGAAAAUCCCCAUCUCAGUGUGCAGUUCAGAGUAGCAAACAUCUGGCUUCACGGUGAAUACUUGAGGAUUGUAAACGCUGGCUAAAGGUUGAUGGUAAAAACAUCCAUUCUGUUAAUCCAUAACUAGUACUCUGUAAAAGGCGUUACUACAUGCAGUAAAGGCACUGCAGUGGCCUAACUGCACCUAUGGUACCGCUGAUAUGAUUGUAUGUCAGUGGAGCAGGGUUGCACGGGAGGUCAAGGAAGUCAGCAGCUGUUACAAGGGCCUUUUAAUUAAACGCACUCAAAGUCACCCAAACAAAACAUCGAGCUCGGUCAAGAGCCCUAUCCAGAAACUGGACAACAUCUAAACCAUCUCCGCUCGCCGACUCUCCGGUUCCAUCUACAUCCAUCACUCUGGAGCUCUUGGGGCGAAGAGAAUCCCACAAGAUCAGCUUGCCUGAUUGCCUUUUCUUAACCUCCGUGAUAAGGAGACCGACUCCAGGUGUGUCUCUCCCCACACACCUCUGGCUGGAAUGGUCUGUUAACCACUCCGCUCUUACGCUUCUGGAUGCCCCCGCCUUCAUAGAGCCGCUGCAAGACUGCUCCGUAGACGAAGGAAACGACAUCACACUGCGGGGGGUUCUCACCGGAAGUCAGCCCAUCAAAGCGUCGUGGUUGCACAAUGGCAGGUGAAGUGGCCCGUUUUGGGACUCCUUUCUUCAAUGGCAGGGAGACGAGCUUUGUGGUGAGGGAAUGCUUGCCGGAAGAUGCUGGCGCCUACACCUGUUUGGCAGAGAACGGCGCAGGGAAGACGUCCUGCUGCGCCGCUGUGUUCGUCAGAGACUUUGAAACUAUCUGCGGUGUGCAGAAUCGUGUCUCAACGUCUGCUUCCAAGAGCAUUAUGGGUAAUGGAAGGCCACCACUGUCUCCCAAAGAGGAGCUGCAGAAGUUCAAAGGAUCUGUUUGUACUUCACCAGCAGGCUCUGAUAAGCUUAGCCCAGUCUCAACUCCAAGAGCAGAAGUCAUCCCAAAGAAGAGAGCCAACUCGGGGUCAGUUCCAGCAUUACAUUUCGAAAACCCUCCACACCACCUCGAGGUGAAGGUGGGACAAACUGCACGAUUGACGUGUUUCUUCACCGGCAGUCCUCCAGUCGUGUCGUGUUGGAUCAGACACAAAAAAGAGAUAGUGGACGGUCCAGAGCUGUGGGCAGAAAGCACUGAUAGGAGCAGCACGCUGGUCAUAGCGGAGGCUAAACCACAGCACACGGGCCGCUACGCUGUCGUGGUGAAGGACCGCAGGAGCUCUGCAGAACACACGCUCACCCUCUCUGUCAUAGAGCGGCCUCAGCCCCCGGCCUCCGGCCCCGUGGUCUCCCUCGUAUCCGCCAACAGUCUUGUGCUGUCCUGGUCGGGCCCCUGCUACGACGGCGGCAGUGCCGUCCUGGGUUAUGUGGUCGAGGUGAAGAGCCAAGGACUCGUUGAGUCCGUGGAUUGGAGCGAACUCGCCACCCAGUGUGAGAGCACCUCGUUCAGAGUGAGCUCCGGGCUGCAGCCUCAUCGUGAAUACCGUUUCAGAGUCCGGGCCUACAACGCAGUGGGAGCCAGUAAGGCAGGACCAGUGUCACCAGUGGUCAGGAUGGAGGAGAAAUGUGAGGGUGUAGAGAAGCCCAAAGGAGAAGAGGCUCCGCAAGCGUAUUCCUGUGUCACUAUUAACUCUUCAGAAAAGGUCACAGAUCACUACAGUUUGCAGGAAAGACUGGGCAUGGGAAAGUUCGGCCUGGUGUUCAAGCUCACCCACAAAGAGACGGGACGCAUUUAUGCAGGGAAGUUCUACAAAGGUCGACGUGCCAAGGAGAGGGAGGCUGCUCGUAAGGAGAUCGAGUUGAUGAACUACCUCCACCACCCCAAGCUGGUUCAGUGUCUCGCAGCGUACGACCACCGGCCUGAGAUGGUCAUGGUCAUGGAGUUUAUCGCAGGCGGGGAACUGUUCGAGCGCAUCGUGGACGACAACUUCGAGCACACCGAGUCGGCCAGCGUGCGCUACAUGCAUCAGAUCCUGGAGGGGGUCGCCUACAUGCAUCAGCAGAACAUCGUCCACCUGGACAUCAAACCUGAAAACAUUGUGUGUGUCGACACCACUGGCACCUCCAUUAAGAUCAUUGACUUCGGAUUAGCCUGCAGGCUUUAUGCCGACACGCCUCUCAAGGUGAUGCACGGGACUCCAGAGUUUGUGGCGCCUGAAGUCAUCAACUAUGAGCCUGUGUUUUUGACCACUGACAUGUGGAGCAUAGGAGUCGUCUGCUAUAUAUUACUGAGUGGCGAGUCUCCAUUCCAGGGUAACAACGACGUAGAGACCCUCGCCCUGGUCACAGCUGCCCAGUGGGAGUUUGACGAGGAGAGCUUUGAUGAGAUUACAGACGAGGCCAAACGCUUCAUCAGCUCCCUGCUCACCAAAGACACCAGGCGGAGGAUGUCCUGCGAGGAGGCACUCCACCACCCUUGGAUGGCAUUUGAGUCUGGAGAUCUUGCCACCACCAGGAGUCUGUCCAAGGAGAAGAUGAAGAGGUUUUUAGCCAGGCAGAAGUGGAAGAAAGCAGGAAAGGCAUUGUUAGCUCUGAAGAGAAUGGCUCUGCUGUCCAAAGGCGACAGCUCUGCUUCUGGAUCUCCGACUAGCCCUGGAGAAGACUCACCCCUGAGCCCGGAGGCAGAGCACGCCCUGCUGUCUCUGGAGCGCAAGAUGCAGGGGCCACCCCACUUCACACGGAGCCUGGAGGACCAGGCAGCGACUCGGGGAUCCAGUGCCCGUCUCUCGUGUCACCUCACAGGAUACCCUGACCCAGAGGUUGUUUGGCUGCGUGCUGAAGAGCCCGUCGUGGAGUCCCCCACAGUGCAGAUAGAGUACGAGGAAGAUGGCCGCUGUACUCUGGUCUUCGCCAAAGUUGGCCCAGAGGACGCCAACGUUUACACAUGUAGAGCCACCAAUGACCACGGGGAGGCGUUCUGCUCAGCCAAACUCAAGGUUCAAACGUAGAGCCAUUAGAUUUACACAUGCAGAGAUAAAAUGUAUAAACCUAUUGUUCUUGGGUGACUUAAGCUGUUGUUGCUUACAUUCUUGUUUUAAUACAAAUGGGGAUUAAACUAAACAUCCUGUACUGUGGCUGGAAAGAUAUAAUGCAUGAAUCAUUGUACAGGAUGUAUGAACGGAUGAAUACUGUUACAGAGCUACUCCAAGCAUAUUUAAAGGUUAAUAUUU